CCGGGUCCCCCGCAGCGGGAGCCCCAGAGACACGCUCAGCCCCGGACCGCCGCGGAACAAGAUCCAGAUUGAGAAUCCACCACAACUACCACAAUGGGCAGCAAAACCUUGCCCGCGCCAGUGCCCAUCCAUCCCUCCCUGCAGCUCACCAACUACUCCUUCCUUCAGGCAGUCAACGGCCUGCCCACGGUGCCCUCGGACCACCUGCCCAAUCUGUAUGGUUUCAGUGCGCUGCACGCUGUGCACCUGCACCAGUGGACGCUGGGCUACCCGGCCAUGCACCUGCCCAGAUCCUCUUUCUCCAAAGUGCCAGGAGCUGUGUCCAACCUGGUGGACGCCCGCUUCCAGCUGCCUGCCUUUCCCUGGUUCCCUCACGUCAUCCAGCCCAAGCCGGAGAUCACCGCUGGAGGCAGCGGCCCCGCAGCGCUCAAGACCAAGCCGCGCUUUGAUUUUGCAAACCUGGCUUUGGCAGCCACGCAGGAAGAUCCGUCCAAGCUUGGCCGGGGGGAGGGUCCCGGCUCCCCCGCUGGUGGGCUGGGCGCCCUCCUGGAUGUGACCAAGCUGUCCCCAGAAAAGAAGCCCACGAGAGGACGUCUGCCUUCCAAGACCAAGAAGGAGUUCGUCUGCAAGUUUUGUGGCCGCCACUUCACUAAAUCCUACAACCUCCUUAUCCAUGAGAGGACGCACACAGAUGAGCGGCCCUACACCUGUGACAUCUGCCACAAAGCCUUCCGGAGGCAAGACCACCUACGAGACCACAGAUAUAUUCACUCCAAAGAAAAGCCUUUCAAGUGUCAAGAAUGUGGGAAAGGAUUCUGCCAGUCCAGGACUCUCGCUGUCCACAAGACGCUACACUCACAGGUGAAGGAGCUCAAAACCUCCAAGAUCAAAUGCUAAAUGGAGCCUCCUGGUCACCAGGACCCUGGGUCAAGCUGCCUCCUCCUCCACAGGGACCAGAAGCCCAAAGGCGACUCUUUCGGACCGCGGGAGGGGUUCCCGGACCUUCCCUGGUCCCAAACAAUGUCCCCUGGGUCCUGGGCGCAUGCAGAACUACGGAGCCCCGCCCGGGGCCAUGACCCCGCCGCCAGAGCGGCUCCCCCAGGACGAGGCUAAACUCUUGGCCAAAAGGCGGUACUCACGUGGCGCGGAAGGGAAACUGCAUUAAAAAAAAGAAGAAGAAUGAAAGCUCUCCGUGGAGCCGCAGAGGCGCCUCUCCCAGAAGUAUUACUUUUUCUAUUGUUAUUUUAUACGUUUUCUUUAUUUUUUUUUCUUUGACCAUAUAAGCUUGUAACUCUGACUGCGGAGAAACGGGGGAGAGG